AUGUUUCUCCAAGCUUCACUUCAGGAUGCCAGCGAUCAACAGCAAAAGGCAGAGCAGCACCUGAGCACUGAAGACAAGGAGGCCGCCACGGACGCUUCUUCUUCUUCGUCCUCGCUUCCUGCCAUCAGCCAGGGCCCAGAAGCUCGCUACUCUAAGGAGGUCCUAGUGAAGCUUUUGGAGUUGCACCAGCAGCGGAUGAAUGUCUCGGACAGGUGGGGUUCUUCCGGCUCGGUCCGCAUGGGGAGCCUCGCCGCCACGUGCUACGGCUUCACAGGCGGCACGUGUGCCUACGCUUCCUGCAGCAGCUUUCGUAUGGCCAUGUGUGACGCGGGGAAGUGCAUGUGCCCUCAUGGAUGUGCUGGAGCUGAUGGCAGGUGCUACCAGAGCCCAAACAUGGUGGUCGCCAGCUCCUUCAUCCUGACCAACGUGAAGUACCCAAAGUACCGGAUGUAUUUCAAGCGAGUCACUACCUGGGGACAGAUGGGAACUUCCAGCAUGCCCUCCUUCUCAUUCUUUGGCGCCGACCUGUUUGACUUGUACCGGGUGCCAGGCCUCUUCGAUGGAAAGGCCUUAUUCAUGAUUGCAUCUCACAAAUGGCCCAGCUACGUUCUCGCGAUCCGCGCCACCACGGGCACGGCCUUGUCGCCCUUCGGCACCUACUCGGUGGAGCUCAAAGACACCUCGGCACCCUGGAAGCCCGAAGACAUCAUGCUGCGGGUUUGCAGCAUGGCCAGCUAUGGAAAGCCCAAUGCCAUCAUGAUUGGAAGCGCGGGGGCCGUGAAAACCAUCUGGGCCUAUGUGCACAUGGGCUCUUGGUCGGUCUAUGGAUCCAUGAGCAGCCCAGGUGAUGGUGGCGGGUGGAUGCCAAAUCCGCCCAUACCUUAUGCGGCCAUACCACCGUGUUAA